AUGGCGAAGUUUCAGAUUGGAAUGUACAAUUUCGUCCCGUUUCUGGGCUACCAUCAUGUAUUGAUGAUUCUCAUCGCGAUUGCGGUCAUAUUGUUGUCACUUCUUCUUGCCGGCUGCUCGUCCUCGUCGCCUCUGAUGCCCGAUAUCUACCUUUUAUCCCUGUACUACGAACAGUACACGGCGGUACCAGACACAGCGCAAGUCGACUACAACGUGAACCAGGCCAUUCGCAACAUUGUGGGGAAUGCCCAACUGCAGGCCCGCGUCGGGUAUUUUGGCAUCUGCAUCAACCCCUCUGGCGGCUCUUGGCUUUGUAGCAACAACGCCACUGCGCUCGCCAAUGAGAUCUCAGUUGACCAGGACCCGCUCAACUUGAUCUGGCUCGCAAGUCAGUUCAAGGACAUGAUCGUGUUCCCUUACUUGAUCAUCAUCGCCAUCAUCUUCGCCUUCAUCUGCUUCCUGCUUCUGGCGACUUUCCCAGGCUGGCACGAGGAGGAGGACAGCGAAGGAUCCGAGCGCGAAGUCAAGCCCUUCCCGAGUCGGCCCGUGUCCCAGAUCGCCCUCGCCAUCAUCUUCAUCGCCUCGAUCUUCAUCCUUGUAUCCGUCCUGUGGCAACAUACUGCCUCAGUCGCCGCGUCGAUCAUCGCCCAAGAUUUCGGAAAUGGCAGCGUCAUGUCCGGCAUCGGUUCGAGCGCCAUGGUUCUCGGCUGGUUCAGUUUCACUUUAUUCAUCAUUGUGACCAUCGGCCUGUUGGUCAUGAUAUUGAGUAUAAGAGUUCUGACAGAUUUGACGGACUGA